AGAAAAAUAGUGUUUUUUGGUCGAUUAAGGUUUCUCGAGGAUUUGUGGAUAAAUAUUAAUUAAUUUACUUUUAAAACAUAAUGUAUUAAAUAACUAAUAAUGAAUCUCAAUGAGUUUGUGCACAAAACAUAGAUAGUGAAUGUAAAAUCGCCGUGAACUAGUGCUUAACUUCCCGUGAAAAAUUGAAAUGAAAAUUGCUUUAAAACAUCACAAAAAAUCUAUUUUAAUGCUGCUCCAUCCGAGAAAAUUAUUUAUUGUCCUCCUAUGUUUUGGUUUUAUGCUCUAUCUUUAUGUCACUUACGCUUCAGAUGAAAUAAAUAAAGAAUUUGCAUCGUUAAUUGAGAAUGAUACGCUUACUGUUUGCAAUGAAAAUAAGCGAGAUAAACGAGCUUUUGUUUUGCCGUCAUCCGAGACAGCAUCAACACUUUUGUCUACAACAUCAACAACCACGCAAUCUAGUCAAAGUCAUAACGGGAAGCUCCAAAUAAUCUAUUUCGUAACACCAACUUAUCCACGACGUGAACAAAUAGCCGAAUUGACACGGCUUGGUCAAACUCUUAUGCACGUACAAAAUCUAUUUUGGAUAGUGGCUGAUGAUUCCGAUGUAUGUAAUGCACGUCUGGAUAAACUACUUGAUAAUUUCGGAAUCCCAUAUGUUCACUUAUCAUCGCCUAUGCCAUACUUGUAUCGAUCGCAAAAGACUAUUCCAAGAGGGGUCUCGAAUCGACGAGCGGCAUUAGCGUGGAUAAAGAACAAUAACAUUAAGGAUGGUGUCCUCUAUUUCGGCGAUGAUGAUAAUACAUUUGAUUUGCGAUUAUUCUCCGAGAUUCGAGACACGCAACGCGUUUCAAUGUUUCCCGUUGGUCUUAUUGGCGAUUAUUCAAUUAGUUCUCCAAUUGUCAAGCAUGGAAAAGUCGUUGCGUUUUUCGACUCGUGGCCUGCAAAGAGGAAAUGGCCUGUUGAUAUGGCAGGUUUCGCUGUAAAUUUAAGCUAUUUGAGGAAAUAUCCUAAUGCUACGAUGCCAUAUAAAGCUGGUUAUGAAGAGGAUGCCUUUUUGAGAAGUAUUGAACUGAAAAUUGAUAAUAUUGAACCUAAAGCAAGUGACUGUACAGAAGUGUAUGUAUGGCACACGCAAACAACAAAAACUAAAGCACCAUUAAUUAAAAUCGCAAAUGAUGUCUUAGAGAAUUCGAAAACGAAUUUAAACACACUUAUGAAAUUUUUGGACGAGAUGGGUGUGAGUCAUACAUCGCCCGCAGCAGGCGCAAAAGCUUCCGUAAGUAAAGACGGGAAAUCUAAGUCGCUGGUGUAUUGGGUAAAGUCACAGUAGCUCAAAAUGCCUCGUUAAUUUUAUAUCUCAUUCCUUAGGUAGUUUCCUUAUCAUAAAGACCAUCAAAAUUAUGUUUCAUAGAAGCAUUUUUGAGUCUUUAUUAAAACCUUUUGAAUUUGCUUGAAAUUAAAUACUUAGUCUUCAAAGGAAAAAUAACUUAGGCAGAUUUUUUAAAAAUCUUGUAAGAAAUUCUUUAAGAAUUUUUAAUUUAAAUAAUUUUUUAUAAACGACACAAUUCUCAUUAUAAAUGACUUAGCAGAUACAAACUUUUAAUUCACUUUCUUUCCUCAAAACUUUUUCUAUUUUAUAAAUUUAUAAUUCCCAAGCAUUGCCCCACAAAUGACCUUUUUUGAUUUAGUUCAAUUAAUUUUUAAUACCACUAUUUUUACGACACAAUAGAAAAUUUAUAGGAAAAAAGAACAAAAAAAAUAGCAUGUCAUACAAAAGGUAAUUGGCAAGUACAAGUGAUAAAACAAUUUUAUUUUUAUUUUAAUUUUUUUUGAGAUUCUAUAAGAAGUGAAUAUUUUUAAAUCCUAUACAAAAAUAAUAAUUUUUUUAAAUGAUACCAGAUUUAGUUUUGUAAAACCUAUGAAAAUAAUGCAUAAAAUUUGCACAAGUAAUUUGUUUCGAAUUUUCAUUGACACUUAUCUAUGAUAUUGCCUACCAAAAGUUUUGAAAACGUUAAAUCAAACUCAAGAAAGAAGCAGAAAGGUCUUUAAACGAAGUUAAAUUCUCAUUUAAAAUGGAUUUACUCGCAGUUUUAAUGAGUUUAGGAAAACAGCACAAUUUUCGAUUUACUUUUAUUAACCAAAACCGAUUAAGCUUGGUUUAACAAUUAAAAUCAAUUAUUUAAACUCAAAUUGUUAAAAUUUCCCGCCAUUUUCGAUUUCUCAAUAUAAACUUUAAAUUCUCGUUUUUCAAGUGUAAAGUAAAGUAAAUCUACUUAAUGGCUAUUCAAAUCA